AUGGGUUUAGACAAGUUCAAGCGUACUCCGCUGACAUUCGGUCCCUCGCCGAUCACCCAGAUGAAGAACCUUUCCAAGGAAAUAGGUGGAGGCGUUGAGAUCUAUGCCAAGCGGGAAGAUUGCAACAGUGGUUUAGCUUUUGGAGGCAAUAAGAUCCGGAAGCUCGAAUACCUUAUGCCAGAGGCUAUCGAGGGCGGAUACGACACUCUUGUAUCUAUCGGAGGUAUCCAGUCCAAUCAAACAAGACAAGUCGCCGCGGUAGCUGCUCAUCUGGGUAUGGACUGCGUGCUUGUACAGGAAAACUGGGUCGAUUACAAGGCGGAGGUUUACGACAAAGUUGGAAAUAUAGAGCUAUCGCGAAUCAUGGGAGCCGAUGUCAGACUAAAUCCGGCCGGUUUUGACAUCGGAAUCAGGAAAAGCUGGCAGGAAGCCAUGGAAGAAGUAAAGGCCCGUGGAGGGAAGCCGUUCCCCAUUCCAGCCGGUUGUUCGGAACAUCCUUAUGGAGGGCUUGGAUUUGUAAACUUCGCUAAUGAAGUCGUGGAACAGGAGAAAACUCUUGGGUUCGAAUUCGACUACAUUGUUGUUUGCGCCGUAACAGGCAGUACCAUGGCUGGAAUGGCUGUGGGAUUUGCUUUCCAUGGCCGCCAAAGGAAAGUAAUCGGGAUAGAUGCUUCGGCCAAGCCUCAGCAGACGAAGGACCAGAUUCUCAGAAUCGCCCAAAAUACGGCGAAGCUCGUGGAUCUUCCAUUCCAGCUUACCGCGGAUGAUAUCAUUCUAGAUGACAGAUUUGGUGGCCCGUCCUACGGUGUUCCCAAUGAAGGCACUAUGGCCGCUAUAAGACUUUGUGGGCGGUCCGAAGGAGUGCUUGUCGAUCCCGUAUAUGAAGGGAAGUCUAUGGCAGGCCUCAUUGGCCUCAUCAAGGAGGAGAAGAUUUCCAAAGGUUCCAAAGUUCUGUAUGUUCAUUUAGGAGGCGCUCCAGCUUUAAACGCAUACGCAGAUCUCUUCAAAGAUGGUUGA